AUGGAAAAUGCACACAAUGUGACUGAAUUCAUUCUGCUGGGUAUCACAAAGAAUUCAGAGCUGGGGAAAGCCCUCUCUGCUCUGUUUCUCCUCAUGUACACGGCCACGGUACUGGGAAACCUACUCAUUGUGGUCACCAUAGCUGUAAGCCCUAGUCUGCAGUCACCCAUGUUUUUCUUCCUUACUUCCUUAGCCCUCAUGGAUGUCACCUACUCCUCAGUAAUUACCCCCAAGUUGAUUGUCAAUUCCCUGUCUGAGAGAACGACCAUCUCCUUUAGAGGUUGCAUGACCCAGCUCUUCGCGGAACAUUUCUUUGGUGGUGUAGGGAUCAUCCUUCUCAUCGUGAUGGCCUAUGACCGCUACGUGGCCAUCUGCAAACCCUUACACUACAUGACCAUCAUGAGUCCUCGAGUGUGUUAUCUGCUGGUGGCCGGGGCCUGGGUGGGAGCAUGGCUCCAUGCCACAAUCCAGCUUCUUUUCAUGUAUCAAAUUCCUUUCUGUGGCCCCAAUAUCAUUGAUCAUUUUAUGUGUGACUUGUUUCCAUUGUUGAAACUGGCCUGCAUGGACACUCACAUCUUGGGUCUCUUGGUCAUCCUCAACAGUGGGGUGAUGUGUACAGCCCUCUUCCUUAUCCUCAUUGCUUCCUAUGUGGUGAUCCUCUGCUCCCUGAAGGCUUACAGCUCUGAAGGGAGGCGCAGAGCCCUCUCGACGUGCAGCUCCCACUUCACAGUGGUCGUCUUGUUCUUUGUGCCCUGUGUGUUCUUGUACAUGAGGCCUGUGGUCACUUACCCCAUAGACAAGGCAAUGGCUGUGUCCUUUACUGUGGUGGAACCGAUGUUAAAUCCUCUGAUCUACACCUUGAGGAAUGCAGAUGUGAAAAGGGCCCUGAGAAAAUUCUGGAUGAAACAUAGGACUGUGGGCAGUCACUAA